AUGGAAAAUGCUCAGCUUCUUACCAAUCUUGCUAGAUUUACGGCUCAGCGAGCAUUGCCUUUAUCAAGCACUUGGCCAGUGCACAGGAGAAGUGCAGUGCUGGUCUUACUAUUUGUUGGAAGGUUUGGUGAACUAAGAGUGUUGCUCACCAAGAGAUGUAGAAACCUGAGAAGCUUCUCGGGACAUGUAUCGCUGCCUGGUGGUAAAGCCGAUUUUCCAGAAGAAUCGCCUAUGAUGGUGGCAAGAAGGGAGGCCGAAGAAGAAAUAGGGCUUCCUAGGAAAGAAGAGGUGCUACUUAGAGAUUUCAACAUGAAGAUGGAAACGAUGACUACCAAGUUCCCACAUUUCCUGUCACGAACCUUCUUGAGUGUAAAACCCAUCGUAUCGUUUCUUUACAAUGCUGGAACACCUUUGGACAGUCGUUACAAGCAGCCAUUGGACGGUUCCCAAUUCUUCGGUAAACUCAACCCUGGCGAGACAACAUCACUGUUUUCCGUCCCAUUAGCGGACUUCACUGCUUGCAGGCAUACUCAAGCCAACUUCCACCCGGAAUAUGUGUACAGGAAGCUGUAUAGAGCCAAAUGGGGUGGUUUGACAUGGAUAAUCCAGCAUUACUUCUACCCUAAUGAGAACAUCAAGGACACCAAAUGGCUCAACGACAUCAUUGACACUAGUUCUGGUGACGAAGAAGCCGAAGGUAUACCGUGCAAGGACGUUUGGGGUUUAACGGCCAAAAUACUACAAGAAAUGAGCGACGUUGCGCAUGGAGAUUACGGUGCACUUAAGACCACGGGCCACGAAGAGCUGAUCUACGCACUUCACGAGUUUGGUGGCCAGCUACAGGAGCGCCAACGCUCCCAGUGGGAAACGGCCAUGAUCAGUAGCCAGCGCGGGGUAAACUACAGCGAUGUUCUUCCAAAAGAACAUCUAGAAGAUCUCUCAGUCUUGGAGUUUUGA